CGUUGAAAAGAAAAAUAAUGUUUUGAAUUCGGAAAAAACAUUUAUAAUUUUUACUUAAAAUUCUUUAUCAUAUUAUAUAUAUAUAUAUAUAUAUGUUAUCAUGCAUGUCUUUUAUAUUUACCCUUUUAAUUAUAAGAAAUAAGUAAUUUAUGAUAUGUCCAUGUAUACAUAUAAUUUGUUAGUAUAUCAAGAUGAAAAUCCAACCUUCGUGAAAUUAAUAUUUGCAAUAUGCCUUAUUUUUUUUGUAGGAAUGUUACGUCAAAUAGAUUACUUGUGCAGCCCUAAACUGUGUUACGGACUGGAAUACAUUGUAUUCAAACGCAUUGUCAAGUCUCUCUAACCUACUUGAAUUUGUAAAAACGUGGAAAUUAAAAUUUCUCUGUACCUUGGCCGGACAAUUUAGUACCAGCAACUGACUACAGAAAAACUAUAAAUAGAGGCAUCUGAGACACAAACUUUCAUUCAUCAAUACACAUUAAUUUAGAUCGAAACUUGAGAUAUAAAAUGGCAAAUUUCUCCGGUUUACACAUUCUCUUCUUCUCCUUCAUCAUAGCUACAGGUGCAAUUUCCGUCGUCUCCGGUACAGUGUUUACCAUAGUGAACCGCUGCAACUUCCCCGUUUGGCCUGGAAUCCUCACCGGAGACAACGGUGUACAACUCAACGGCGGUGGAUUCGCCUUAACCACAGGAGCUUCGGUCGACGUAGCCGCUCCUGCAGGCUGGUCCGGCAGAAUCUGGGGCCGAACUGGCUGCAAUUUCGACGCGUUCGGCACUGGAAGUUGCCUCACCGGAAACUGUGGUAACAAAGUACAGUGCUCCGGAGCAGGAGGAGCUCCACCGGCUACACUCGCCGAAUUCACGAUCGGUCAUGGCGGCGCGAUGGACUUUUACGACGUAAGCCUGGUCGAUGGUUACAACGUCCAGAUGGAAAUCAAGACGCAAGGCGGCUCAGGCGAUUGCCAAAACGUGGGAUGCAUUUCAGACCUGAACAAGAUUUGUCCCAACGAGCUAAGCGUUCAUAACGGGGGAAGUGUUGUGGCGUGUAAGAGCGCUUGCGAGGCAUUUGGAUCACCGCAGUAUUGUUGCACCGGUGCAUUCAAUAAGCCGGAGACUUGUCCACCCACGGAUUACUCGAGGAUCUUUAAAACAGCUUGCCCCAAAGCGUAUAGCUACGCAUACGACGAUGCUACAAGCACUUUUACUUGUGCCAAUGCUAACUACUCUAUCAUUUUCUGUCCCACUAUAUAGUUCCCCAUUAUCGAUAAAUAUUUAUCAACGACGAUUGGUAAUUAAUAAUACUCUGUAAUCUCUGAAAGAAAUAAAAAAGUUUUGCGGAAUGAGAUAAAUUCCGCAAACUAUAAUGAAUAAACUAUUUGUGAUUUUACUCAAUAAAAAUAAAUAUCUUUUUGAACUUUGUUAAUACUAUGGUAUAUUGUGCUGAGAAGAAACCAAAUGUUAUUUGCACGAACCAACCGGAUGUAAUCGAGCAUGCUUUUUUAAACUUAUCUAUAUGUAUAAAAUUCAAAAACUAGCUUUCAACAGUUGAACCCACACAUGCGUUUUCCUUCGGCAUAAUGCAUGAUGCAUGCAUAGAAAUCAAUUUACCAUGCCAUGCAUCCUCUGGUGUUUAAUUUUCUCAUCGUCGUAUAUAAACGGCGACUCUUGUUCGUAUAUGUUAUUAAAACUCAACCACAUAGUCGUUAUGCAUCUUCUGGACAUAAUCAAAUGAAACAUUAACCUUGAAUCUCCAAAAUUUUAAGAGUCCAUAUUUAAAUACAGAUUUCUAAUUUAUUAAAAAAAAAUAUUAAAGUUUUUGUAAAUUGUCUGCCCUGGAAAUCUCAGGUUCGAUUAUUUUCAACCGAAAAAAAGAAGAGGCAGAAA